AUUAGCAGCUGAGCUCAGCUCACCAUCCCUAUAUAUACCCAUGGAGCCCUAGGAACCAAACUCCAUGCCGAAACACACAGCCCACACAUAUAUCUACACCAUUAGCAACAAUCGCAAGCAACUCCAUUACCUAGAUUCAUCUUGACCGAUUGAGUUGCUGCGUCUGCCGUCAUCCAUUAAUUUGGGGAUCGGUCAAGAUGAAGAAGGCGGCCAGGUUCUUGAAGCAGCUGUUCUCCGCCAUCGUGGCGGCGGUGAGGGAGAGGUCCCCGGCGGCGCGCGCCAGGACGGGCGCCGCGCGGACGCGGCUCGUCUUCUUCGGCAUUCUCCGCAACAAGAAGCUCCUGAGGGACGCCAUCAACAGCAAGAUCCACGCAAUCGUGGGAGGCGGCAGCGGCAGUGGCCAGCAGCUUGUUGCGGCGAGCGGCGGCGGUAGCAGGACGGUGGCCGUGCUGGAGAAGCUGCCUAGCUUCGUCGCGGAUCAGGGGAGGAGGGCCGCCGUGCUACUCAACAGCCUGCCGAGCUUCGCCAUGGGCCGGGAGGGCGGCACCGGCUCGCCGCUGGUCGGCGGCGGUGAGGACGAGAAGGAGGAGGCCGACGAGGGCGUGACGAAGCAGCUGCAGCUGGCGAGCGUGCAGCCGGGGUCGGUGAUCGAGCUGGCCCGUGGCGCGGCGGAGCGAGGCGGCGCGGAGUUCAGGCUGGAGGACGAGAUAGACCACGUCGCCGACGUGUUCAUCCGGAGGUUCCACGACCAGAUGAAGCUGCAGAAGCUCGAGUCGUUCAAGAGGUUCUGCGAGAUGCUCGAGAGAAACUAAGAUUGACGCAAACAGCAGGCGGAAUAAUCGCCGCGACGUUGAUCGCUUCAAUGCAUUAAUCCACAUGGUUGUGGUUGAUCCAAUUAAUCCCUAUGAUUAAUGCUGAGGUUUAUCAAUCAAGUAACCUCUGCAGUACUUGAAAAAUAACUGGCGCCUACUGUGGCUUCCAAAUC